AUGGAGGCAGAAGUUACAGAGAUUCUAUUGCCCCAAAAGGCAGAGAUUCAAGAACCCGAUUUCGGGCUGAAAAGCUACAGCUCGGGCCUGAAAUGGGUUUUUCUAGACUAUUCCAGCUUGUGGCGGGCCGGGCUUUCUUGGUCGAUAUUUUUCCUGCUGAACAUCGGCGUCCCGAUCGUCUCCCACUUCGUGUUUUCUUGCUCCGAUUGCGAUCCUCAUCAUCAGCGGCCGUUCAAUGCGAUUGUCCAGCUGUCGCUUUCGCUGCUUGCGACGAUUUCCUUUGUCAGCCUCUCGUCUUUUGCGCGCAGAUAUGGCCUUCGAAGGUUUUUGUUUCUUGAUAAGCUUUGCGAUGAAAGCGAGAACGUCCGGCAAGGAUAUACUCACCAGCUUCAUAGAUCGAUGAAGCUCUUAUCUGCUUUCGUCCUCCCGUGUUUCUUUGCAGACAGCAUGUACAAGAUAUGGUGGUUCACUUCAGGGGGAAAUCAAAUCCCAUAUUUGUACAACAUGUAUUUAAGCAAAGUAAUUGUGUGCAUACUACUAAUGUGUUCGUGGCUGUACCGAACCUCGAUAUGUUUCCUCGUGUGUGUUCUGUUCCGGCUCACGUGCUAUCUCCAGAUAUUGAGAUUGGAGGAGUUUGCUCAGGUCUUCGAGAAGGAAUCUGACGUGGCAUCCAUCUUGAUCGAGCACCUCAGGAUCAGACGAAAUCUGAGGGUCAUAAGUCACCGGUUUAGGCUCUUCAUUUUGUUGACUCUGAUUCUUGUGACCUUAAGUCAGUUUCUUUCAUUGCUGGUUACACUCGAGCCUAGCUCGACUGUCAAUCCUUCCACGGCUGGGGAGCUCGCUCUAUGCUCCGUCACACUAGUGACGAGUCUUUUCUUCUGCUUGAGGAGUGCAGCUAAGAUAACGCACAAGGCUCAGGCGGUGACAUCACUCGCCGCCAAGUGGCAUGCCUGCGCGACUAUCGACUCGUUUGACGAGCCACACGAUGACACGCCGACAGCUGUCGGGAUAGCGCCGGCGGUCGCCAGCUGGGACUCGGACAAUGAGGAAGCUGAUGGAGAAGAUGUGCUUGAUAACACAAACCUUGUCCCAAUCUACGCAAACACCAUAUCGUACCAAAAAAGACAAGCGAUAGUGACGUAUUUUGAGCACAACAAAGCUGGAAUUACGGUGUACGGAUUCAUGCUGGACAGGACUUGGCUGCACACGAUUUUCGCUAUUCAGCUCUCGCUCACAUUGUGGAUCUUGAACAAGACGAUUGGCAUUUCAUGA